UAUUUUAUUUUUAUAGGUGAAAAAAGUAGUGCUUUUAGUCUCAACCGCGAAUCCGUUGGCGAUUUAGUCCGGAACCCCGGAACUGAUCGCAAGGAUUUCCAGAAAAAAUCAACGGCACAAAGAUUCAUCAGUCUCCGAAUCUUGACCCCGAAUAAGGUCACGAAUGCCGCAAUUUCCCACGAAAAUCACAGCCAAUCCUCCUCCAACCCACACGAAGAACCCGUCCUGAUUCCGAGAAGUGAAAACAUGAUUCCGAGAUUCCUCUUCACCGCUAUUUUUGCGGUCGUU